AUGCGCAUCGGCGACACCGAGGUGCCGGAGAUGGAGAUUCAGCUAAGCGAUCCAGCGCCCUACGACUGGAAGAACCAGCCGGCGCCGCCCAAGCCGUACAUCAGCAACUUCAAGAUUGAGACGCCGCCUUCCUCGGCCCAGGACGAACCGGAGGUGCCCCAGAAGCCGCAGCCCUUUUCCUUUGGCUUCAUGAGCAUGGCCAAGGACGGACAGCAGUCGAGAAUGGAAAGCCAAGAUGCGAGUGGUCGUGUCACCGGCAGCUACAGCAUCGUCGACGCCAAUGGAAUCACGCGCAUUGUCGAGUACUACGCUGAUGACACUGGUUUCCACGCCAAUAUAAAGUCAAAUGAAAACGGCAUCGAGACCGGCGAACUGGGAUCAGCCACCAUCACCAAGCUGUAA